AUGCACGAGGUUUCAACAAUGCUGACGAAUCGGGAGUGGGCUAUUGAGUUCAAGCUUACCCAUCAUGCACACACAGCAUCACUGGCUUCAGUUUCAUCCAGUGAUCAGUUCAUUGCCACUGGAAGCAAAGAUGAAACCAUUCAGCUGUAUGACAUGAACAAGAAAACUGAACAUGGGGCUUUGUUGCACCAUAAUGGUACUCGUGUCUCGUGUCUGGAGUUUUAUGGCAUGUCCCAUUUACUCAGCGGAGGACAGGACGGUCUCAUCUGUGUGUGGAGCACCAAAAAAUGGGAAUGUUUGAAAUCCUUCAAAGCUCAUAAGGGUCAUGUUACUUCACUGUCCGUACACCCUUCUGGAAAACUCGUGCUCUCGGUCGGAACAGACAAGACUCUGCAGCAAAACACACUCUUGGCUGUGGGAGGAGACGAUGAGAGCGUGCGUAUCUAUGACGUGACCUCACAGAAGUGUGUUUGCGAGUUCAAAGCACAUGAGAACAGCUGUUACGGAGCCCCGAAGCCGCCAAAGGUAAAAGAGUGAGGCUACCAGGAGAAGAGGGGAUUCUAGAAGAAAGCAGCUCCACAAAAGAAGGCAAAACAAUAAGUGCAAUAAACCAUUUUAUUGAAAUCAUUGGUGGUCUUCUGUUAUUUACUUUUCCUGUCUUGCAUUUCAUAGAGUGUAAUGAUUUACACUGCAGUGUUGUUUAGCAUGAGCAUUUUGCCAAGUAGUUAAGGGAAAAAACUUUUAAUUCCAGCUAAAUGAAAGAAAAAAUACUCUAUUUUUGUAUGUUUAUGUAAAUAUAUUUGAGAUGUAGCAUUUAAAGGCGCUAUAGAAAAAGAUUCUUUAAAAUCUGAAAAACCUCUGCAGUUCUCGUCUGCACAGGACUUAACGACUACAGACCUGUGGCUCUAACAUCUGUCGUCAUGAAGUCGUUUGAAAAACUGGUUCUGGCUUAUCUGAAGGACAUCACUGGACCCUC